AUGAGGUGCAACCCGUGGAAACGGACCCACAAACAAGGUGACCCCAUAGCACCCAACCUUCUCCACCCACCCUCCCUGUUGUCACUAUGGGAAACCUGGGCUCCACUGUUGGGGUGGCCACAGCCUGGGGAAGACACGGAGCUCCCUACUUCCUUCCACUUCUCAGGGCACAAUCCAAACAGCCACGUGGCAUCCUUAUGUGCCCUGCUAUAUUACACAAAGAAAGCCUGUAAGUGGCCUUCAUCUCUGCCAUCAAGACUGUGGUCCUCAGCUAAGCCACUCACACCCCCUCUUCUUUCUCCAGGCGCGUCGUCCACAUCGCACAGCCGUGUGCCAGCUGAACCCAGGACAGGCGUGGUUCUUCGUUCUCAUAAGUGUCGGCUCUGCAAGCUUGUGGGAGAGCUUGGAGGAGAGGCACCAGAAGGGGGCUUCAAGAUAGCUCUGAUCGGUGUGAGACAGGGGGAUGCUGCCUCUCCCUCCUCUCCUCCGACUUUGCCCACCCAAAGGGAGGUGUCUGCUGCUGGGCCAUCCAGCAGUGCUCAGGUCCUUCCAACUACUUGCUCUGUCACUCACCACAGCUGCCCUGCAGGGAGUGAAUCCCAUGGUAGGGCAGAUGCCUCUCAGGAGGAAGCAAGCCCUGAGGCCCUACUCGAGCAAGCACUAGAUGUGAAAAGAUGUGAGUUGAUGCAGUUCCUCCUCCAUAAAUAUCGGAUGAAGGAGCUGUUCACCAGGGCUGAAAUGCUGUCUUAUGUCAUCAGAGAGCACAAAGGGCAUUUCCGUGAGAUCUUCGGUAAGGUGUUGAAUUGCCUACAGGUGGCCCUUGGCAUUGAUUUGAGGGUAGUAGACCCCAUUCAGCACUGCUAUGUGCUUGAAACAGCCCUGGGCCUCACCUAUGAUGGGAUGCAGGAUCACGAUCAGAGCAUGCCCAAGACGAGCUUCCUGAUCAUGGUCCUGGGCCUGAUCUUCUCGAAAGGCAACUGUGCCCCUGAGGAGGAGUUGUGGGAAUCUCUGAGUGUGAUGGAUGUGUAUGAUGGUAGAGAGCACCACCUCUAUGGGGAGCCCCGGAAGCUCCUCACGGAGGAGUGGGUGCGGGAAGGGUACGUUGAGUACCGGCUGGUGCCCCACAGUGAUCCUGCUCGCUACAAGUUCCUGUGGGGUCCCAGGGCCCAUGCUGAAACCACCAAGAUGAGAGUGCUGCAGCAUUUGGCCAAGUUCAAUCAGGUGGAUCCCAGAUCCUUCUCAUCUCUGUAUGACGAAGCUUUGAGAGAUGAGAAUGAGAGGGCCCAGGCAGGGGAGGCCUCUCAGGCAGGUGGGGAUGCCAGGGGCUGAGUUAGGCUCUC